GCCAUAUACUCUCCCUUCCCCUCAUUUACUAACCAUUUUCUCUCCCUAACUAUUCAGAGCAGCCCUUUCAUAUUUCACAAUUUUUUCUUCCCCCCCCCGGUUCCUCUCUCUCUAAAAACAAGAAUAAGUUGAAGACUAUGCUCUGCUUUCUGGAAAUUGAAGGAGCUACUGUAGGUUUCUAUUGUGAGCAUUCAAAACGGCAAAGUUUUUACAUAUCCUAUUCUCCUCAUCAUCCAUAUCCAGAACAGCUUGGCAUGUCGUUGGUCUCGCGAGCUGUCCUCUUGCUAAAGCUUGGUCCUUGGUGCCUUGAUUGUUUUCCUGGGAGGAGCUGAAGGAGUGGGAUCAAUGCAUAUUAAUGCUUGACGAUGCCAAAGUGGAUGAACAUGGGAAUCUGAAUGACACAAAGGAUUCAAAUAUCAUGUACUUGGAUAAAGAUGGCGAAGAUCAUGAGAUCAAUAUAUCUUCUGCAAUAUGCUUUUUACGUGGUAAGGCAUAUGAAGCAUUGGAAAACCGUGUCCAGGCCCGGCAUUGGUACAAAGCUGCUAUCAAAGCCGAUCCCUUAUGUUAUGAGGCAUUGGAAUGUCUUAUUGAAAAUCACAUGCUUACAUAUGAGGAAGAGGCAAGUCUACUUGCGUCAUUACAAUUUGGUCCUGAAGAUGGAUGGCUCUCAUCAUUCUACUCAUGCUUAAUUAAAAAGUACGACAAAGAAAAUGUUGUAGAAGCAAAAUUCAGAGAACUUGAAAAAGAGAAGUGUAAUAGUAACACUUCUGAUCCAUCCUUCUUUCGUACUCUGAAAACCAACACUGACCUUCUUGCCUGCAAAGCUGAAUACUACCAUCAGUGUGGUGAAUAUCAAAAAUGCUUUGAGCUAACUUCUGUACUACUUGAAAAAGACCCUUUCCAUCUGAAGAGUACAUUGGUGCAUCUAGCCGCUGCUAUGGAACUUGGGCAUUCAAAUGAGCUCUAUCUUAUGGCAUGCAAUUUAGUGAAGGACUAUCCUCAAAAGGCCUUAUCAUGGUUUGCCGUUGGAUGUUACUAUUAUUGUAUAAAAAAGUUUGCUGAGUCACACCGUUAUUUCAGCAAGGCUACCAGUCUAGAUGGGACCUUUCCACCUGCUUGGAUUGGAUAUGGGAAUGCUUAUGCUGCUAAAGAAGAGGGUGAUCAAGCAAUGUCAGCUUAUCGCACUGCUGCUCGUUUGUUUCCAGGGUGUCAUUUACCAACUUUGUACAUUGGGAUGGAGUACAUGCGAACCAACAGCUUUAAGCUCGCUGAACAGUUUUUUAUGCAGGCGAAGACCACUUGCCCAUCAGAUCCACUAGUAUAUAAUGAACUUGGUGUUGUUGCUUAUCAUUUGAAGGAGUAUAACAAAGCUGUGUGGUGGUUUGAGAAAACUUUGGCUCAAAUUCCUUCCCCUUUAAGUGAAAUGUGGGAACCAACUGUGGUUAAUCUAGCUCAUGCAUACAGAAAACUGAAGAUGUACAAUGAAGCUAUUUCAUACUAUGAGAAAGCACUUGCAUUGUCAACCAGAAGUGUGAGUACUUAUGCAGGUCUUGCAUAUGCUUACCAUUUACAGGAUAAUUUUACGGCAGCGAUUACAUACUAUCAUAAAGCUCUAUGGCUACAACCAGAUGAUCAUUUUUGCACUGAAAUGUUAAGUUUGGCUUUAGCAGAUGAAGCCCGUGGACCACAGAACUGAUUUUUGAUGUAAUUAGGCUUAAUUAUGUUUAGUGAUACUCGUACUUAAGCGUGUGUAUUGUAUGUGCAAUAGAUACCCCAAUGCCUUGGAUUAGAUUAGGAGAUGUAAUAUCUUUAAUUUUAUUUCUUGUAUCAACGUAAUGUCAGCUGGGACCUGUAAUUAAUCAACGGUUGAUAGUUGAAAAAUAGGUUCAUGGCAGUUUAUUCAUGAUUUUGGCCAA